AUGCCUGGGUCACUUCCUUUGAAUGCAGAAGCCUCCUGGCCAAAAGAUGUGGGAAUUGUUGCCCUUGAGAUCUAUUUUCCUUCUCAGUAUGUUGACCAAGCCGAGUUGGAAAAAUACGAUGGUGUGGAUGCUGGGAAGUAUACUAUUGGCUUGGGCCAGGCCAGGAUGGGCUUCUGCACGGAUAGAGAAGAUAUCAACUCUCUCUGCAUGACUGUGGUUCAGAACCUCAUGGAGAGAAAUGGCCUUUCUUACGAUUGCAUUGGGCGGCUGGAGGUCGGAACAGAGACAAUCAUCGACAAAUCCAAGUCAGUGAAGUCCAAUUUGAUGCAGCUCUUUGAGGAGUCUGGGAACACGGAUGUGGAAGGCAUAGAUACCACGAACGCCUGCUACGGAGGCACGGCCGCUGUCUUCAAUGCUGUCAACUGGAUCGAGUCCAGCUCCUGGGACGGACGGUAUGCCCUGGUGGUUGCGGGAGAUAUUGCUGUGUAUGCCACAGGAAAUGCCCGACCGACAGGUGGCGUCGGAGCCAUUGCCCUGCUCAUUGGGCCAAAUGCUCCUUUAAUUUUUGAACGAGGACUUCGUGGGACACACAUGCAACAUGCCUAUGACUUUUACAAGCCCGAUAUGCUUUCCGAAUAUCCCGUCGUGGACGGGAAACUCUCCAUCCAGUGCUACCUCAGUGCGUUAGACCGCUGCUACUCUGUCUACCGCAAAAAGAUCCGUGCCCAGUGGCAGAAAGAGGGAAAUGAUAGAGAUUUUACCUUGAACGAUUUCAGCUUCAUGAUCUUCCACUCACCCUACUGUAAACUGGUUCAGAAAUCCCUGGCUCGGAUGAUGCUGAAUGACUUCCUGAAUGACCAGAACAGAGAUAAAAAUAGCAUCUACAGCGGCCUGGAAGCCUUUGGGGAUGUUAAAUUAGAAGAUACCUACUUUGAUAGAGAUGUGGAAAAGGCAUUUAUGAAGGCUAGUUCUGACCUCUUUAAUCAGAAAACAAAGGCAUCUUUGCUCGUAUCCAAUCAGAAUGGAAACAUGUACACGUCCUCCGUGUACGGCUCCCUCGCCUCUCUUCUGGCCCAGUACUCGCCUCAGCAGCUGGCGGGGAAGAGGAUUGGCGUGUUCUCCUAUGGCUCUGGCUUGGCUGCCACCCUCUACUCCCUUAAAGUUACCCAGGAUGCCACCCCGGGUUCUACUCUUGAUAAAAUAACAGCAAGUCUAUGUGACCUUAAAUCGAGACUCGACUCAAGAACAUGUGUAGCACCAGCUGCUUUUGCAGAAAGCAUGAAGCUCAGAGAGGACACUCAUCACCUGGGCAACUACAUUCCCCAGAGUUCCAUCGAUUCCCUCUUUGAGGGAACAUGGUACCUGGUUCGAGUGGAUGAAAAGCACAGGAGGACUUAUGCCCGGAGACCCUCUCCAAAUGCCGACACUUUGGCAGAAGGAGAAGGACUUGUGCAUUCAAGCACAGCCGCUGAGCACAUUCCAAGUCCUGCGAAGAAAGUGCCUCGGCUCCCGGGGACGGCGGCAGAGCCGGAAGCAGCUGUCAUCAGCAACGGGGAGCAUUAA